UCGAGAGUAGAAGACGACGAUAACACAGAAGUCUGUUGCGCAAUAGCCCAAUGGUUCGAAGUGAAUAAUAAUAAUACCGAAGGCUAAUUUGUUGCCUUAUAUACGGGACGAUUCCGUACGUAACAGCUGGGAACUCUACCAGAAUAUGUAACUGAGUUGCGAUAGGCAAACGCUCACAAGCUGUCCGAUGAAGAAAGAAAACUGUAGUCUGUACACUGUAGACUCCAUCGUUUUUCUUUAAAGGAUAAAAAACAGGUCUUUUUAAGAAGUCAUUCACAUCGUUGAGAAAAGUUGUAAUUGUCAGCUGGUGAAACGUAUCUUCGUUAGAAUCUAGUUUUCAUUGUUACUGUGUUUUGAGUUUAUUUUUCACGCUUGUCAAACUGGGCGGGGCUUGGACGACAAACAGCUAAGAUCAAGCGAAACGAAAUAAAUAUAUAAAAUAAUCUCAUUGAUCAGCUUUAUUAAAGUUAGAUUCUUCGCAUCUCUACAAGAACAUGACGAACAUGAUGCUCUUUAUUUUUUUAUUAGUAAUGCACGGAGUGUCUGAUGCUGAGACAGAUGAAACUGAGAACAUUUCAGUGUUGGAGGGGGAUUCUGUCACUCUAAAAACUAAUCUUUCUGAAAUUCUUAAUGAUGAUACCAUACUAUGGAUGUUUGGACCUAAAGACUCUCUCAUAUCUCAAAUAAGAAGAAAGGAUGGCUUGACUCCAAUUUUUUUCACUGAUGAUGUGGGAUUCAGAGGCAGAUUGCAGAUGGAUCAAAAAACUGGCGCUCUCACCAUCAGGAACACCAGAAUUAAACACUCAGGACAAUAUAAACUAACCAUCUCUAGUGAAAAGACUACGACCAAAGUAUUUCAUGUUACUGUCUCUGCUGUGGUUGGUGAGACGGAUGGAAUGAAGUCAGUAUCAUUAUCAGUCCUGGAGGGAGAUUCUGUCACUUUACAUGUUCAUCCUGAAACACACAAAGAUGCUCUGAUGCUGUGGAGGUUUGGAGAUAAAGGCAUACUCCUGGCUAAAAUUGACGUUGAGACCAACAAGACCUCAUUACAUGAUGCUGAUGAGAGAUUCAAAGAUCGACUGCAGCUGAAUCAGACUGGAUCUCUGACCAUCAAGAAUGCCAGAACCACAGACUCUGGACUUUAUGAACUACAGAUCAGAGGCAGUGAGAGAUCACAGCGAUUCCUGGUUUCUGUCCGUGAUCCAGGUCUUUCUUCAGGUGUUAUAGCAGGAAUAGUUGUUGGCGUUAUUGCUCCUGUUCUGCUGAUCUUGAUUGCUUUUGUGAUUUAUUAUCACCACAGGAUCUCUAAAUUAAAGGGGCAAAUGGUCAAAGAGAAGAAAGAGACAGUGACAGAGGGAGAAUCUGUCACUCUACAUGCUGAUCUUACUGAAGCACAUGGAGAUGUUAUGAUAAAGUGGUGCUAUGAAACUGAUGACAAUCUCAUUGCUGAAAUCAAAAAUGGGGACAGAAGCACAUAUGAGGGUGCUGAUGGGAGAUUCAGAAGCAAACUGAAUCUGAAUGAAAGUGGAGAUCUCACUAUCAGUAACAUCAGGACCAUUCACUCUGGACUCUAUAAACUCAAGAUCAGCAGCAUAGGCAGAAACAAAUACAUGAAAUUUCUUGUUACCAUCAGUGACUAAUGCUGAAAUACAGAGUGAUGAUCUGAUACUGUGGACGUUUGGAGCUGAAAACCUUCUUGUUGCUAAAAAGAUUCAGGAACAACUACUGUUAAUAAGAGAUUCAGAGGCAGACUUAGUUUGGGCAAGAUGACUGCAUCUUUGACCAUCACAAACAUCACAAAAUCAGACUCUGGACAUUUUAAACUACAGAUCAUUAACACUGAAAAGACGACAUUCAGGAGAGUAAGUUUGACUGUCACCGGUUCCCCAGGAAACCAUGUGAGUGAAUUAGACACUGUAGUAAUGCAGCUGUUGGAUGAAGAUGAAGUGGAUGGAGUGAAUGAGAAGGAAGAUGCAUGGUCACUUUAAUGGAAUAAGACAGGCCCACCAGUGCCAAUCACUGUGCCAUCAUCAA